GCGGGGGCGGUGGAGCUGCUGGGGCCUCGGGGGGAGGUGCUCGCGCCGCCGGGACGGGACGGGCUGACCUUGGCGCGGCCGCGGGGGCGGGGCCGGCUGGGCCGCUGCGGCCUUGGAGCGCGGAGUUCCCGGGGACGCAGAUAUUUGCCUUUUUUCCUUAGAAACUUGAUUGGAAAAGAUCCGCUGUGUCAGAGCCAUGGGUUUGUCUGCAUCCUCCCCGGCUGUUGCGGCACAGUCGCCAGAUGGGUCCAAGCAACAUCAGUCAGCGUCUCCACCUUCAGAAUGUCCUAUGCACCAGGGAAAAAUGAGUGGCUGCCCAAUGCAUAUGAAGAAGACCCCUGAUCGUAGAACUGAGAACACAGAUGAUGUUCCUGCUCAUCAAGAAAGAGCAUAUGAAUUUGUGGCAUGUCCAGUGAAGUCUGGUGCAUCUCAAAUGAAAGAUGACAUAGAUCCUAGCAAUAUGAUGCCUCCUCCUAAUCAGCAGCCAAGUCCUGGUCAACCAUUUCCAUUGUCAACUGCUAGAGAAGAAUCUUCCAUUCCUAGAGCACAUUCUGACAAGAAAUGGGUCUAUCCUUCAGAGCAAAUGUUCUGGAAUGCUAUGCUGAGGAAAGGGUGGAGGUGGAAAGAUGAUGACAUAACAGGUGAAGACAUGACUAACAUUAUUAAGAUACACAACCAAAAUAAUGAGCAAGCUUGGAAGGAGAUUUUGAAAUGGGAAGCACUGCAUGCUGGGGAAUGUCCAUGUGGACCUGCACUGAUGCGGUUUGGAGGCAAAGCGAAGGAGUAUUCACCAAGGGCCAGAAUACGUUCAUGGAUGGGAUAUGAACUUCCCUUUGACAGACAUGAUUGGAUAGUUGACCGAUGUGGAAAAGAAGUGCGGUAUGUUAUUGACUACUAUGAUGGUGGAGCAGUAGAUAAGAACUACCAGUUCACUAUCCUGGAUGUUCGCCCUGCAUUUGACUCUCUCUCAGCUGUGUGGGACAGAAUGAAGGUAGCUUGGUGGAGGUGGACUUCAUAACUACUCCUGUGCAGUGUAGUCAGAAAGCAAACCACUUUCCUCCUAGACUAAAGAUGACUUGAGUACUAGGACUUGAAGUAGAAGUUGUCUGCACUUCUCAUUAUUUUCAUCAUCACCACUGUUCUGGGGUGGAGGUGGGGAAAGGAAGGAUGGGGAAAUCCAUUGUUAAGUACACUGAUGCUUUACAGUGUUUUGAAUCAAAUAAUGUAGUAGCAAAAAUAUGUAUCUUAAUUUUUUUAAGUACUGGGAAAUCUUACUUUGUCACAAAUUCUGCAUAAGCUUGCUGCCUUUUCACCUCAUAACUCCAGUGCUGCACCAAAUACAUUAUGUUUCUGACUCUGACUGGAGUUUUGAGUAUUACUUAAAUAGUGAAAACUGGAAAUUUCAUAAACUAUUUCAUGUAGUUACAGGAUUUGAAUACUUAGAUGCUGACUGAAGGGUAAAAGACAUGGAGUGCUUCAAACUGCUUGUUUUAUUAACUAUAUAAAGCCACGCAUUUGUUUUCAUGUGGGCACUUUACCUGUUCAAAGACAUGCUUCCUCAGCAAACUGCAGUCAAGUCUAGUCUAUUAGGGGAAGUGUAGUGUGGUAUGAGUGUUACUGAAGGUGUGUUAAGUUGCAAGGGAGAAUAUACUCAUGCCUUCAUCUGCAAUCUAUCUUUGAACAGAAGAUCAUCUAUUAAGAAACAGGAAUGAAUAUCAAUUAUUUUUGAAACAACAUUUCUAAAGGGAGAUAAAAUUGAUAUCUAAUGGCUAUUUAUUUGAGUAUUUAAAAGGUUUGUUUUCUGAUAUAAGAAAACUAUAUUAGUAUUUUCAUGUCAUUAAUGUGUGUGUCAUAAUGCAUUUAGGACAGAAAUAAACCUUAUUUAAAGGAACUCGUGUACUACAUCUGUAUUUUGCAUCUUGACUUCAACUAUAACACGGUGUGGUUUUUUAAUAUGGAGUUGCACAAGGGUGUAUGGCAACACAGUUGUACACAUUUCUGCAUAGUGAUUAUAGUGAGGCAUAUUGCAGAUAUGUAUGUAGAUUGGCUAGAAGGGUAUCAAAAGUGCCAAGAAAUGGAGUUGUUUUAAGCAUUUUCUAAGUGAUGUGUGUUAAUGCUGGGUUGCUUAAAGAAUCAAUUAAUGUUUGUACUUAGUAAGAGAAACUGCGUUUUUGUUUUUUUUUCAAACCUUCCACUGUAAUAGCUUUAAAUUUGCGUGGCUUGGUACAUUUCAGGUGCCUAUAAAUUUAAAUUGUUCCUCCCUUUCAGCGUAUAUUAGUCUUGAGAAUGAGUCCUCCAUGCAGAACACUUGACGUGGAAGGAGGAGGAGAGUAUCACAUUGUAGCUUCUCAAAUGGGAGAAGCUUCCUUCAUGAAACUGGGAACCAGCUGUGCAUUCAUUUUCUGAAAGUAGUUAUUUUUAACUGACAUUGGAAGUUGUUUGGUUUUGGUUUUUUCCUAAGGGGAAAGUGCCUCAAAAUUUCAAAAACUUUGCAUUUAGGAAAAAAUUAUUCAGAUAAGCCUCCAUUCUUUAAGGUACCAAUGGAGAUGUAGGUGGUUCCCACUUCAGAGGCAUGUCUGAUAAUGAAAGAGCUGCUCUUCUCCGUUCUACCAGUAACAACUGAGGCUUACUGCUUUUGGGCAGUUUUUGUUUGGUUGGCUUAUCUAUACGUUUGGUAACUUGAUACAUGUGGAGUUCUGUCUUUCUCGUAACUCAAUACGGAAAAGGAACAUCAAUGUAGGAAGUGCUUUGGAAACUUCAAAAGAAGGAGUUUGCUUUGUUGAUUUUGGAAGCGUGAUGUUGAGUGCAUUAUGGAAACUGUAAUUGCUGUUACAUCCGGUGAGAGGUGUCAGAUGCCACUUCACACAUCUGCUGUCUUCUGUUUUAUCUCACAUAGAUUCAAAACUAUUCUUUUCUGUGCUGUUGUUAAUGACAUGUACUACUUUGUCAUCAAACAAAAAAGAGAAACAAAUAAAU